AUGCAGGUGUUAGAUGAUGACUGCUGCAAAGGUGAACGAUGUCGCACGGCGCUGCUUGCAACUCCCUCCUUUUCCUCGUCCUCGUCCACCUCUCAAGCGCCAGUGAUUGCUGUGAACAUGCAGCACAGUCGAGUGACCGGUCCUGGUUCAUACAUUCGGUACCAUGAUGCUGAUGCCAACGAAGAGGAGAGUGGGCAGUUUUUCGGGUCUAAUUAUCAUUUACAAAUUAACCGACAUUCGAUAAAUAUUGCAUUGCGAGUUGCCGCUGCAUUUGUAUUGUUGUGUAUUGCGGGUUGCUUAACACUCCAGCAUCUCAGGAUCAACCGGCUGGAGUAUCGUAUUCGCAGGCUUGAAGUCACUUCUACUUAUUCCGUCCAGGUUUGUUCUUGA